GUAUCGUGCUGCUGGGUCCUGUUGUGUUGAAUCUGAAUCCGUCUCCGGAGUUCUAUCCUGAAGAGCCUGGAUAUUGACGACCGCUCAGUUGCAGCUUCACCCAGAGGAGUGUUCUCUCACUCCUAAUAUUUCACUCGACUUUUAAGGAUUUGUUUUCCUAAACUGCAGUUUUGGGUGGCUAGAACUUGCAAAGAUUUCCCCAGAUGUGAACACCCAUCUGUGUGUCUCAGCUAUAAUGCUUCUCUGCGUUAUGUCCACCAGUGGCAUGAUCACAGACAGUUUUGACAUCACUAACAUUUUCAGGAUGGAUUACCUGAUUUCAGCAAAAUAAAUUUUGGUCUGCGUAUAUUAUACUUCUCUCUCGGUGCUUCUGCAUGCCAUCUGGAGUCUUAUUUCUUUUGUGAUGCAUGCAAUGGCUCAUUUGCCAGAGGCAUCAUAAUUCAAAUAAUGUCAUGACAAGACUCACUAAAGGUGAUCAUUACUCCAAUGGCUGUUAUGACAAUGCGCUGAUCUCCCUUUUCUAAGCUAAAUAAAACAGGUGGGUGUUACAGUGCACCUGUGAAGGUCAUCUUCUUAUUGGACUCGAUGCUUCCUGUGUUGGACAACAUGACCCCACCUCCUCUAACGCAGAACUGCUCAAACUGCAGCCAGGUUUCGGUGCCACAGCUGAACGUGGCCAAGGCUGUGGUUCUGGGCCCGAUUCUUGGCGUCUUCAUCGUGUUUGGGAUAGUGGGCAACAUCCUGGUAAUCCUCUCCGUGGUCUGCCACAGGCACCUGCGGACAGUCACGCAUUAUUUCAUAGUUAAUCUAGCGGUGGCCGAUUUGCUGCUGAGCUCCACUGUCCUGCCCUUUUCUGCUAUUUUGGAGAUUGUGGACCGGUGGGUGUUUGGACGGGUCUUUUGCAACGUUUGGGCCGCCGUGGACGUGCUCUGCUGCACCGCUUCCAUCAUGAGCCUCUGUGUGAUCUCUGUUGACCGCUACAUUGGGGUCAGCUACCCUCUGCGCUACCCAUCCAUAAUGACAAAACGCAGGGCGCUGCUGGCAGUGAUGCUGCUGUGGGUCCUCUCCAUCAUCAUAUCUAUCGGACCUCUGUUUGGCUGGAAGGAGCCGGAGCCCGAGGACGAGUCCAUCUGCAAGAUCACGGAGGAGCCCGCUUACGCUAUCUUCUCUGCGGUGGGCUCUUUCUACCUCCCCCUGGCCAUCAUACUGAUCAUGUACUGUCGUGUUUACGUGGUAGCUCACAGGGAGAGCCGGGACCUGAGGGAGGGCCACAAAACAGAGAAGUCCGACUCAGAGCGGGUGAUACUCAGGAUACACAGAGGCAACGCAAGCGUUUUAGAGGACGAGUCCCUGCGGAGCCGCACACAUUUCGCCCUGCGGCUGCUCAAGUUCUCGCGCGAGAAAAAAGCAGCCAAGACCUUGGGCAUCGUGGUUGGCUGCUUCGUGUUGUGUUGGUUGCCGUUUUUCCUGGUGCUACCCAUCGGCUCCAUCUUUCCCGCAUACAGACCUUCAGACACUGUCUUCAAGAUCACUUUCUGGCUCGGUUACUUCAACAGCUGCAUCAACCCCAUCAUUUACCCGUGCUCCAACCAGGAGUUUAAGAAAGCUUUUCAAAGUUUACUCAGGGUUCAAUGUCUGAGAAAGACCCCCAGACCGCACCACCACCACCAUCUGAGUGCAGCUCGGAGACCAAGUCAGGGUCACAGUCAGCAACUCACUCUGGGACUGGACAGCAGGGGGGCGCCCUGUCGCCUCAGCCCAUCCUCCUCCAUGGCCCUGUCCAGAACACCCUCCUCCAGGGACAGCAGGGAGUGGAAUGUCUUUCCCGGAGGUCCCGCAGGUGGAUCGGGACCAGCCCGGACGAGGAGGGACAAAGUGGCCAAACUCUGCAGUAAAAGCUUCGAUCGGGCCUGCUGCUGCGUUUUCAGUGGCGGGGUUCCCCCCAAAGAGUCAAGCUGCGCCCAAGCGCCUCCGGCCGGAGACCUUCCCACCAUAAAAAUCCACCAACUGUCCCUGUCAGAAAAAGGAGAGCCUGUAUAGCUGCUAUAAUCCUUCAUCCAUUAGUCAUUAAUCCUCUUUCAAUGUCACAGUUGAAAAUAUAUUUUGUUUUGAGUUGUUGAAUGAUUUGCUUUGGAUGGUGGCUGCGUUGAAAUUUUAUAUUUUUAAAAGUCUCAGCUUC